AUGGCGUCUACCACACAAUCGAGGUCCUUGAAGGCCACGGGAGAAGAGAUCUGGAAAAACAAGACAGAGAAGAUAAAUACAGAACUCUUUACACUAACAUAUGGCUCCAUAGUGGCGCAAUUGUGUCAAGAUUAUGAGCGGGACUUUAACAAAGUGAACGAACAUCUAUACAGCAUGGGGUAUAACAUUGGGUGCAGGCUCAUUGAGGAUUUUUUAGCUAGGACAGCGUUGCCACGUUGCGAGACUCUAAUAAAGACGAGUGAGGUGCUAAGUAAAUGUGCGUUCAAGAUUUUUCUAAACAUCACGCCCAGUAUAACGAAUUGGUCACACAAUAAGGACUCAUUUUCGUUGAUCUUGGACGAGAAUCCCUUGGCAGACUUUGUGGAGUUGCCCAUGGACGCGAUGAAGUCACUCUGGUAUUCCAAUAUCUUGUGCGGUGUUCUGAAAGGGUCGCUGGAAAUGGUGCAGUUGGAUUGUGACGUUUGGUUUGUAUCGGAUAUCUUAAGGGGCGACUCACAGACUGAGAUCAAAGUUAAAUUGAACAAAAUAUUGAAGGAUGAAAUACCAAUCGGCGAAGAUUGA